AAUUUUUAGUUCAUUUCUAUCUUUCUCACAUUAUUUAGUUUCCUUGUCUAUAUUAGUUUCAUUUACUUUUAUAGUGCUGAUUCCUAACCUCAAUUAUUUUCGAAUAUUAUGAAAAUUAAUCAAGAAGUGAUGACAGAUACGAUUAAUCAAAAGUUAUUUUAUAAUACUAUAUUGUCACAAACAUUUUCUCCAGAUGGAAAUUAUUUAUUGGCUGGAAAUAUUUAUGGAGACAUUUCAGUUUUUGAGUUAUCAAAAGCUUUAGGACCACAUAAAGUUGAAGAAAGUGAAUUACAAGGCCCUAAUUAUCACUUCACUGCUCAUUCCAAUCAACAAGUAGAAAGUAUGAUUUCAACAGACAAUUUUUUAGUAACAGGAACAUCAGGAGAAAUAUGCGGAUGGGAUUGGAAAAUAAUUAUUUCAAGUAAAAAUCCAAAGAAUAAAGUUUCAUGGACUAUACAACUUCCUGUUAAUAAGGAUAGUUAUGAAAAACCAGAUGUAAAUUAUUUAGUAUAUUCUAAAUUAAAUAAUCUUCUAUAUGCUGGUUGUGGCGAUAACAAUAUUUAUGUAAUUAGUUUAGAAGAUGGUAGAAUAUUAAGAAGUUUAGAAGGACAUACAGAUUAUAUUCAUUGUCUAUCUUUAAUGGGUAAUCAGUUAGCUUCAUGCAGCGAAGAUGGAACAGUGAGAUUAUGGGAUUUAAGAAAAAAAGAAAAUACUAAUAUAUUAACUCCUCAUUUAGUAGACAAAGUUGCAAGACCAAGAUUAGGCAAAUGGAUUGGUGCCAUAGAUUUCACAGAUGAUUGGCUGUUAUGUGGAGGUGGUCCAAAUUUAUCUUUAUGGCAUAUGCGCACAAUGGAAGCAGCCACUGUAUUUGAUCUUCCAGAUGAAGGUAUCCAUGUAGCAAAUAUUUAUGAAGAACGUGUAAUAGCUGCUGGAUCAGCGCCUCACGUUUAUCAUCUUACUUAUCAAGGAGAAAUGUUGGCUAAAGUGCCAACUUCCAGUAACACUGUAUACAGUAUUAUUUAUCAAGAAACACCGCAAAAAGUAUUUAGUAUAGCUGGUUCAUCAAAUAACCUUGAUAUUUGUACGAAUUUUAAUUAUCGUGAAUUAAUAUUAAAGUUUGCAUAAUAAAAAUAAAAUAUUAAAAUGGUGAUAUCUAAUUGAUUUACAAAACAAAGUGAUCUCAUUAAAGACAAAUAUAUUUUUUAAUAAAUAUAUUAAUACAA